AGUGAUAAAGCUGCAAUCAUGGUGAGCUCCGGAGAUACGAAUAAAGAACAGAUUGCGGGGGUGGAGAAUGGAGGGUCCAAAAAAAAAGGGUAAGAAAGAGGGUGAGAAGAAAAAGAAACUCACCAAAAGUGAACGACUGAAACUGCAACAAGAAGAGGAAGAAAGAAGACUGAAGGAAGAAGAGGAAGCCCGUUUGAAAGCUGAACGGGAAGCAGCAGAGAAACUUGAAAGACAACAGGUUGAAAGGCGCAAGUGGGAGGCGUUGUUAGAAAAGGAUCAACUUCGGAGAACUGAAGAAUUUGAGGAACUUUUUUUAUUAGAGAAAUGUUUUAUUAACGCAGAGAAAUGGAAAAAAGAGGUUAGAAACCUUUCUAAGUGGUUUCAUUAUAUCAAGUGCGAUGGAAGUCCUGAUCCUUCUAUAGCCCCAGAGAUAAAUACUUUCAUUAGUUUAUGGAAAGAAAAGCAAAAUGAAGAUAUUGAUUCUGUGAUGAAACAGAGUAAACUAGUGCUAGAGUUAAUUGAGAAACUGGAAUCAGUUCUGUUUGAUACUCCACCACAUGAGUUGACAAAUGAACAAAUAGCACAAUACCAAGCAUCAAUUAUGGAACUGCGGGAACUUCUUUACUUUAAAUUCAAUGAAGCCACAGAAACUUUACUUAAACAAGCCAGUUCUUUUGGAGAUACUGACAGUGGAAAUAUGGAGAUGAUCAUUAAAGAUGAAAACGUCACUUUGUAUGUGUGGGCAAACCUUAAGAAGAAUCCUAAAUAUAAAACAAUCAAAUUUGGUGACACGGACAUUGGAUUUACUAUUCCAAAGCUACUAGCAUCAAGCGAUACUGCUGUCCGUAUCUUCCACACUAAUUACGAUCAUAUUUCUCCACUACCUGUGGUUCCAAGGCCAGUAAAACCUCAAGUCAUUGAUGAAAUUAUUGAAGAAGCUACAAAAACAGACACGACUCAGGAAGAAGCAGUUCCUCAGGAGGGCACAGAGGAAGCAGCUGAACAGCAAGAACUCCAGACUCCAUUAGUCCCUGAAGCAGAAGUAAAAACUGAGGAAUCUACUCUUUUCGUUAAACAGAGCAAUCUUAGCGUGCUGAAAGAAGCUGCUGACUCAAAAAAAGAAGAACCUAUAGUAAAACGAUUAAAGAAUGAACAAGUUUUACCAGCUCCAGUGGAAACAAUACCAGAGGUUCCACAUGCAGAGAUUGUUACUGAUGAAGAGGUAGUUGAUUUAAAAGGAUUCACACCACUUGGUGGAAUAUACCACUUGAAUAUACUACAACUUCCACCACAAGCCAAACAAAUAAAAGGCUGGACCAUUGUGGAAGUAUCUCCCUCCCUUCCUCCCCUCCCCGAACAAGAAGAGGCAUCGCUUGACAAAAAAAAAAAACUCAUCAGUGGAGGUUUGCAGACAUUUAUAUAUCCUCCAGAGCACACAGAUGAAAAUCCGGAAUCAGAAAACCAUCACGUACCUAUUGAGUUUGUCAUUACAAUAAAUAGAAAUGUUGUGUUUUUCGAGAAACCUAUGAUGGCCAGAUGGGAUACAGAAGGCAAAGCCUGGCGAACUGAUGGCUUUAUCAGCCUCUUCUAUGAUAUGGCGGAAAGGAGCAUAUCUUUCAGUUUGGAAACUGUUUAUCCUGUCACACUGAUUCAAGAUACUCAUAUUCAUAUGCCAUAUGAGUCAUGGGAACUGAGACCAGUUGGUGAUGAUGAAGUAAUUUUAAAUGUUACUACAACAUUUACUGAUAUUGACAUACAUAUUAAGGAGAGCCAAUGUAUGCUAGCUGCAGUUGAAGUAGGUGAAGAUUAUGAGCUCUCUCAUCUGUUAAAAAAAUGGAUGAAUAUUUCUUCUUUAAUAACUGCUAUGAAACAAACUGGAUUAAAUAUCUUCCCAUCUGAAUACUCUAGUGCUUAUGUUGCUGUGAAGGACAAGGAUCCAUUAGUAGAAAUGAAAACUUAUCGACAAAUGGCCCUUUUGGCAUCUUCCUUUUCUUUCUGUUGGAGUAAAUGGAAUCAGGCAUGUGGUUCUCAAAAUGUCGUUUUGAAGGUGGGUGAACUUCUCAAAAAGGAAUAUGUUGAGGAUGAUGAGUGGUCCAUUUAUAUGUAUAAUGGUGAAAGAGCACAAAAACUCAAGAUUAAUGAAUCCAGUAAUGAAUUUUCAGAAGAUUUAGAAGAGCAUACUGAACUACAUUCUACUUUGUAUCACAUGAUCAAGGAUUUUGCUAGUAAAGAAGCAAUAGAGAAAAUCAGGGAUUCAAACUACCUUUUUGUCGAUGCAGUAUGCAAACUACUGCUCUCUGUUAGAGUACUAACCUAUUCUUAAUGCCUUACAAACAGUGG